CCGCCGCGCCCGCCGCCACCAUGGAGUUCUCGGAGAGGAAACGCAGCCGGAAAUCCCAGAGCUUCAAAGUGGUGAGCCGAGAUUAUCACCAUGAGGUAUAUAAGAUCUCAGAAUUCAGCAACGAUGUUAAUGGGCAGGCCAAAGAGACACAACCCAUUUUUAUAGGAGAUGAAAGCAUGGAAAUUAAAAAACAAGUUACAGGAAUGAGAAGGUUACUGAAUGACAGCACCGGGAGGAUCUACCAGCGCGUCGGCAAGGAAGGGGAGAAACUCAAGGAAGAGCCACAGGACCUGGAAUCCCUCUGGCCUCCGCGUCUGAACACCCCCGCAGACCCCCAGAACCUCCCGCCCUCGACACGAGGGGCCUGGAACGAGCUGCCGCCCCACAGCGGGCAGUUCUCAGGGCAGUAUGGCACCCGUUCUAGAACCUUCCAGACCCAACCCGCCUCCACUGGAAGCUCCAACGGAGAACUCCCGGUGGGGAGUCCGUCGGUGGGCUCUAACUGCUGCACCUGCAACUGCCAGUCGACCCUGCAGGCCAUCCUGCAGGAGCUCAGGACCAUGCGGAAGCUGAUGCAGAUCCAGGCAGCAGGAAGCCAAAGUCGACAACAACCCCCCCUCUCCCUCAUGUGCUCCCAGCGAGCGGCUGUGUCACGCAAGAGAAACAAAAAGAAAAAAGUCCCUCCCAAGACGGAGCCUCUCACUGUGAAGCCCAAGCCCAGCGCGACGGGGUCGGAGCAAAGGGCCAACACCCCCGAGCCUGGGCCCCGGGCCGCCCAGCACAGCCCCGCCGAGGAGAAGCGUCUACUCGGCUUUGGCAUUGUUCUAGAAUCUCCUUCCUCAGAUCCAGAAGUGCAACUUGCUGAAGGCUUCGAUGUGUCUAUGCCAAAAUCUCAGCUGGACUCUAUAUUGUCAAACUACACUCGCUCAGGAAGCCUUCUGUUUAGAAAACUGGUGUGUGCGUUUUUUGAUGACAAGACUUUGGCUAACUCCUUACCCAAUGGGAAGAGGAAAAGAGGACUCAAUGACAACCGGAAAGGCCUAGACCAGAAUAUUGUGGGUGCAAUAAAAGUCUUCACAGAAAAAUACUGUACGGCUAAUCAUGUGGAUAAACUUCCUGGCCCACGAGACUGGGUCCAGAUCCUGCAGGAUCAGAUUAAACUGGCCAGAAGAAGGUUGAAAAGAGGCUCAGAGGUAGCUGACGGUGAUGAAAGGCUGGACAGCAUUUCUCUACCACCAACAGGGAACAUGUUUGACACCAGGAGGGAAAACACAGCGAACUCGGCGCCCGAUUUCACCGCCUGA